CUUCUGGAAGUUGGGAGGGGGGAAAUCACUGUCGUUUCUUCUCUCUAAAGUGUUACUUUGCCGUGAAGAUGGAUGCCCGCGUCUUGCUGUUACUCUUCACCACGCGCUGCCUGCUCAUUGCUGUGGGGGCUGAUAAUAUGAGCGAUUUUUUGGGGCAGAACGGCUGUUCCGCCACAGCCGUUCCGGGGGAAGGCCGACUAGACCAGCAAAGUGCGGGUGAAAUAAGUGCAUGUCUGCGCAGUGCACCAGAUGUGGGAUGUGAUGUAUUUCAAUGCCUGGUAAACACAACAUGUCAUCUAGAAGAUAACUUGUAUGAAAUCUGCAGAGACUUCCUUCAGAAUUCAGACAAUUUUGAUGUGCAGGGAAAACGAUUUAUCAGAAACUUCCUGAAGUGCAGUAUCAUUGGGCUCAGGUCAAGAUUCAGCAGCGGUGUUGGCAGAUGUGCUGAAGUACAAAGGAUCUUAAUCCAUGUGCAAGGAUGGUGUUACCAUGAAAAUAACAUCUGUGAUGUGGCAGCCACCAACAUUGAUGCUUUAGUGGACAUGGUUGAUUUUAAUAAAUUACAGGCAAAUGGGGCCUACUUGGAAUUUGUGAAGUUCCUGUUUGACUGUGGGAACAGCAUUACUGAACCCAUACGAAGUCGGCUACAAUCAAUUCUGGAUGUUUUGAAGCAAUUGUUAGAAGACUCUUGUAUUAUUGUAGAGAAAGUAACAACAAUAACAGUUUCUGAGGAAAAUGGUCAGCCAGAUGAGAAUGUCACCCAUGAGCUUUGGAAAUGAGGCAGCUCAGAACCCUCGAUGAAACAUUGUUUUAAUAUACCAGAUAGUAGCUGGGUUAGUGCAUUGCAUAUGUUACCUGUAAUGUCUACUGUUGGCAAAUUAGAAAUUUUCAUCUGCUUUGUAAAGUCUUGUAAUUAUGACCUGAUCCCCCAUUUGUUAUGUAACUUAAUCUCCAUGGAUAGAAUAUUUUUGUAACAAUUAUCAGAAUGUCCCCAAUUCUGGCACUAUUUCCAGAUUUAUUGCACUAAAUGGAAAAUGCUUUGUGCAAAUGUUUGCUUGUGUAACUUAAGACUAUUAAACUUGUUCCAUUUCAAUU